CGUAAGGUUAAGAGCUGUGACUGCAAUGUAUGAUUGUAACAUCUGUUAUGGUUACAUUUUAUUAUGUAACAUGUUAUAGUGCAUGUACAUAGAUACAUACUGAAAAGCUGCCGGAAGCUGCUUGUUAUUACUAUUUUACGUCCGUAGUCAGACCGUACUAUUUUUUAAAUGGUAAAUUAACGUUUAGGUUUGAGUUUUGCUAGCUUAAUACUACCCCACGUGUGUGGUUUGUACACCUCACGUGAGUCAAAAGCAACAUGAGAGGCAACAAACUGGGGCUAAUCUAGGGCUACCUAAAGGAAACAAACCAUCAUGGCGGCUGCCACAAGGCUCAUAUCAAGGUUGACACUGGUCACUGGUGGAGGCAGUGGGAUUGGACGGGCGGUGUGCCAGCGCCUCGCCUCUGAGGGAGCCUCCGUGGUGGUUGCCGACAUCAGCGAGGAGUCGGCUAAUGAGACCCUGGGGAGCCUGCCGAGUGACCUAAGAGGGCAGGGUCACAUGGCGGCUGUGGUGGAUGUGUCUUCAAAAGAGAGUGUAAAGAAGCUGGUCACAAGGAUACAGACUCACUACUUUCAGCCUCCCUCAGUGUGUGUGAAUGCAGCUGGCAUCACCCAGGACGACUUCCUGCUCAGCAUGGAGGAAGAUCAUUUUGACAAAGUCAUCCAGGUCAACCUGAAGGGUUCGUUCUUGGUCAUUCAGGCUGUCGCUCAGGCUCUGGUGGCCUGUGGAGCACCCAAAGGAUCCAUCGUUACUGUGGGCAGCAUCGUGGGAAAGGUGGGAAACAUCGGACAGGCAAACUACGCCGCCUCUAAAGCAGGAGUGGUGGGUUUAACUAGGACCGCUGCCAAAGAGCUCAGCAGGUUUGGAAUUCGGUGUAAUUGUGUGCUGCCAGGUUUCAUAUCGACUCCGAUGACGGAUAAAGUUCCAGAGAAAGUUAUUAGCAAGAUGAAGUCCCUGGUGCCUCUGGGAAGAAUGGGUGAGCCUGCAGAGGUCGCUGAUGUCUGUGCCUUUCUGGCGUCUGAUGACUCUCGAUACAUCACAGGAGCCAUCUUGGAAGUGACAGGUGGACUUUUCAUUGGAUAAAACGGGUGUCUGUCUGCUGAUGAAGGCCAAUGGGAUUAAUUGGAAUUAAUUAAUUAGUAAUUAAUUUAAAUGUUAAAAUGAUUCUACUUUAUUUACGUUUUAUAACUCUGGUUGUAAACAUGUGUGAAGCCACUUUUUGAGCCAAUAAACACCUGUUUGUAGUAUUUCUGUAUUUUUGAUUCAGAAUUAAAACUUUAGUCGAGCCUGCAGAUAA